AUGAACAGUCUGCCCAGCGAGAUCGUGCAUCUGGUGGUUGGCCACUGUCCGCUGGAGGCGUGCGUCGCGCUCGGCGACACAAACACGCGCUUCAGAGGCCUGACAGAUCCGUUUUUGGGCGAAAAAGUGCGGAAACGAUGCCCUUUUAUGCUCCCGAGAACAGGGACACCGACAAUGUUGCAAGAGCCACAGAAGGAACCGACACAAACAGAAAAGCAACAGAAACCCACAGAAUCAUGGCGACUAUGUGCUCGACUUGUUCUUGCUCGACAGAAACAGCAUCUGAUCACUCUGUCUGAAGAGCAUCAAGAUCCUCUAGUCUAUUCACUCAAAGUCGGCAUGAAGACCCUCAACUACGUGCUCAAGACAGAUCUCGAAGCGUGUCAAGGCUUAAUAGACACAAACAACCACGUCGAGGGCGAAGAAGAUAUGAAAAAGUUGUGCCGUGAGAUUCUGGACCAUCAUCAAGACUCCCCCGUCACCGUCUCCAGACCCAAUCUGAGUCAUGUCACCUUCCCUGAACAAGGAGUCCACAACUUCAUUCACCAUCCCCAUCCCGACUUCACCUUCUUCAGUAUGCUACAGCCCAAGGGAUGGUUCCUCUACUGUGCCAUCGACAAGAACCCCCUUCUUCCAAUCUUUGGACCCUUUGCUUUCUCUCAUCCAGACAGUUUUCGCGUGUUCGUAUACGACGGAGUGGUAUGGGUGGACUUUGAUGGAGCAGUGUUGCCAUUUGUUGUUGACGCAGAAGACAAUACGGUACGUUUCUGCAAGCAAAAGAUGAUCCAUGGGUACCCAGAACAGCAGGGUAGGGCCUUUGUCCAAGGCAAGGGCGAGUUAUCGCGGUACUUGUGCAAUAUGAACGGCAAACGCAUUUGUGAUUUGGAAUCGGGUGUUAACUAUUUCCUUGAAAUGGGUACCGAUCGGUUAUUUUACUGA